UUAUGAUGAUUGUUUUAACCACUUAGUAGGGAGGGGGCAUCCAGCGGUGUUGCUCCCACGUACCGAUGUCACGUGGGGCGGGGAGGCGGGGCGGAGAACGGAGAGCGUCCUCUUAUUCUCCACCCCCUUUCUCCAAGUCCAGCGUAGGGGGUGGCGGCUGCGACUGACCGAGGGGCUAGGGAAGGCUGGCCAGGGGCGUGGGCGUGGCUGGGGACGGCUUGGGGGUGGGGCUGCGCAGGAGGCUGGAGGAGCCCCGCGGGACCCAGAGGCGGGGCGUCGGCCCGGGGACCGCUGCUGCUCCGGGGCGUGGCUGCUGCCGAGCAUCUCCCAGCUCAGCAGAGCCCGUGCCCAGGCCACGCUUUGUUCCAGCCGCCGCCUCCUCUACCCUCCGGCGUCCGGAGCCAUCCCUCGCCUGCUCGCUCUCUCCUUUCGCCCACUCCCUGCAUCUGGGCCUGCAUCACCUUUGCCAACCGCUCCCCCGAUCCUGCCGACACUCCUCCCCCAAACUUCUGACCGGCACCCUUGCCUGGUACCCUUCUCUCCAUUCCUCCCCCUCCAUCUUCUUUCCCCGACCCCUCUCGGGUCCCUCUUUUCCCAAAACCCGGGUCUCUCCGCGUGGCCCCGCCUCCAGGCCGGGGAUGUCCCCCGCGGCCCCGCGCCCAUGGUCCUGACGCUGCUCCUCUCCGCCUACAAGCUGUGUCGCUUCUUCGCCAUGUCGGGCCCACGGCCGGGCGCCGAGCGGCUGGCGGUGCCUGGGCCAGAUGGGGGCGGUGGCACGGGCCCAUGGUGGGCUGCGGGUGGCCGCGGGCCCCGCGAAGUGUCGCCGGGGGCAGGCACCGAGGUGCAGGACGCCCUGGAGCGCGCGCUGCCGGAGCUGCAGCAGGCCUUGUCCGCGCUGAAGCAGGCGGGCGGCGCGCGGGCCGUGGGCGCCGGCCUGGCCGAGGUCUUCCAACUGGUGGAGGAGGCCUGGCUGCUGCCGGCCGUGGGCCGCGAGGUAGCCCAGGGUCUGUGCGACGCCAUCCGCCUCGAUGGCGGCCUCGACCUGCUGUUGCGGCUGCUGCAGGCGCCGGAGUUGGAGACGCGUGUGCAGGCCGCGCGCCUGCUGGAGCAGAUCCUGGUGGCUGAGAACCGAGACCGCGUGGCGCGCAUUGGGCUGGGCGUGAUCCUGAACCUGGCGAAGGAACGCGAACCCGUAGAGCUGGCGCGGAGCGUGGCAGGCAUCUUGGAGCACAUGUUCAAGCAUUCGGAGGAGACAUGCCAGAGGCUGGUGGCGGCCGGCGGCCUGGACGCGGUGCUGUAUUGGUGCCGCCGCACGGACCCCGCGCUGCUGCGCCACUGCGCGCUGGCGCUGGGCAACUGCGCGCUGCACGGGGGCCAGGCGGUGCAGCGACGCAUGGUAGAGAAGCGCGCAGCCGAGUGGCUCUUCCCGCUCGCCUUCUCCAAGGAGGACGAGCUGCUUCGGCUGCACGCCUGCCUCGCAGUAGCGGUGUUGGCGACUAACAAGGAGGUGGAGCGCGAGGUGGAGCGCUCGGGCACGCUGGCGCUCGUGGAGCCGCUUGUGGCCUCGCUGGACCCUGGCCGCUUCGCCCGCUGUCUGGUGGACGCCAGCGACACAAGCCAGGGCCGCGGGCCCGACGACCUGCAGCGCCUCGUGCCGUUGCUCGACUCUAACCGCUUGGAGGCGCAGUGCAUCGGGGCUUUCUACCUCUGCGCCGAGGCUGCCAUCAAGAGCCUGCAAGGCAAGACCAAGGUGUUCAGCGACAUCGGCGCCAUCCAGAGCCUGAAACGCCUGGUUUCCUACUCUACCAAUGGCACUAAGUCGGCGCUGGCCAAGCGCGCGCUGCGCCUGCUGGGCGAGGAGGUGCCACGGCCCAUCCUGCCCUCCGUGCCCAGCUGGAAGGAGGCCGAGGUUCAGACGUGGCUGCAGCAGAUCGGUUUCUCCAAGUACUGCGAGAGCUUCCGGGAGCAGCAGGUGGAUGGCGACCUGCUUCUGCGGCUCACGGAGGAGGAACUCCAGACCGACCUGGGCAUGAAAUCGGGCAUCACCCGCAAGAGGUUCUUUAGGGAGCUCACGGAGCUCAAGACCUUCGCCAACUAUUCUACGUGCGACCGCAGCAACCUGGCGGACUGGCUGGGCAGCCUGGACCCGCGCUUCCGCCAGUACACCUACGGCCUGGUCAGCUGCGGCCUGGACCGCUCCCUGCUGCACCGCGUGUCUGAGCAGCAGCUGCUGGAAGACUGCGGCAUCCACCUGGGCGUGCACCGCGCCCGCAUCCUCACGGCGGCCAGAGAAAUGCUACACUCCCCGCUGCCCUGUACUGGUGGCAAACCCAGUGGGGACACUCCAGAUGUCUUCAUCAGCUACCGCCGGAACUCAGGUUCCCAGCUGGCCAGUCUCCUGAAGGUGCACCUGCAGCUGCAUGGCUUCAGUGUCUUCAUUGAUGUGGAGAAGCUGGAAGCAGGCAAGUUCGAGGACAAACUCAUCCAGAGUGUCAUGGGUGCCCGCAACUUUGUGUUGGUGCUAUCACCUGGAGCACUGGACAAGUGCAUGCAAGACCAUGACUGCAAGGAUUGGGUGCAUAAGGAGAUUGUGACUGCUUUAAGCUGCGGCAAGAACAUUGUGCCCAUCAUUGAUGGCUUCGAGUGGCCUGAGCCCCAGGUCCUGCCUGAGGACAUGCAGGCUGUGCUUACUUUCAACGGUAUCAAGUGGUCCCACGAAUACCAGGAGGCCACCAUUGAGAAGAUCAUCCGCUUCCUGCAGGGCCGCUCCUCCCGGGACUCAUCUGCAGGCUCUGACACCAGUUUGGAGGGUGCUGCACCCAUGGGUCCAACCUAACCAGUCCCCAGUUCCCCAGCCCUGCCGUGACUUCCAUUUCCAUCGUCCUUUCUGAAGGAACAGCUCCUGAAACCAGUCUCCCUGGGCUGAGACAACCUGGGCUCUUCUUAGGAAAUGGCUCUCCCUCUCCCUGUCUCCCACCCUCGUGGCCCACCUCCAACCCACUUUCCUCAGUAUCUGGAGAGGGAAGGGAAGUCAGGCUUGGGCGCGGGAGGUUAGAACUGCCCCAGGCCCUGCCAUUGGGUUGUCUGUCUCCAUCAUGGGGAGGGUCCCUGCUCAGUUCUGGAGACACUGGAGUUGGGGUGGGGGUGGUUCUGCAUUCCCUUCUCCUGCUGAUAGCAGUCAGCUUGAGGAGGAUGAAGGAAGGCAGCCUCAGACAGGAAUUAAGGCAAUGCCCAGGCGGGCCUGGGCACUGUAUUCUGAGCAAGGGCCUGGGCCCAGGAGCCAGCCAGGGAUGAGUGCCAUCAUGGCUCUCCACUCAGACUGUGCCUGGCCCCUGCACUUACAACUUCCUGCCGCUCUGUGGCCUUGCCCUGUAAUCACUCAGUGCCCUUAGCUAGCCUGACUAAGUCCCAGAUCCCCUACAGCUUCCUUCGGUGUGGUAUCUUUUGCCACAUCCAGGGCGAGGGUUGAGGCAAACCAGCCCUCCCUCUGACUUCCUUGUCACUGCAGCCAGCUUUGCUGCACUUGCUGGUGCACAGGAGCCUUCUGUUUGGGCCUGGGUCUGGGCAUGGGGAGGCCGUGCCUCAAAGCCCACCCUACCCCAUACCUUGGUGCUGUGCCUCAGGCUCCUUCCUGGUCUGGCCCAGCUGGCUUCCCCAGCCCCUCAGCCAUCCAGGGCUACCCACUGCUUGCUCAGGGACCAGGCAGCCCCCAUGGCAGUAAAAGCAGCCUAGACAGAACCUGCAGCUCUGUGGAAAGAGGCAAAGUCCUGAGAAGGCAAAGGGUUGUCACUUAGGGCAGCUUCUCCAACUUUAACAUGCAUCCAAGUCACCUGGGAAUGUUGUUAAAAUCAGGAGAUCUGGGGUGGGGCCUAGGACUCUGCAUUUCUUACAGAUUCCCAGGUGAGCUGAUGCUGGUGGUUAAGGGUAGCAAAUCUCUAAAGCACGAAGCCCUCACAAAUCUUUGCCAUUUCCCAAACACUCCGCUCCAUGGUCUCCAGUCAUCAGAGCAACUCUACCUGGUAUUAUCAUCCCCAUUUUACAGAUAAUGACACUGAGGCUCAGAAAGGUUGAGGAUAAGCCCAGUUUCCUGUCAUUAAUGGCAGCCCCAGAUCCAGACCUAGGCCUCCUGGCACCCUGUCCACUGGCAGUGGAAUUGCUUUCCUGAGAAUCAUUCUGAGGCUGGGCUAUUGCUUCUCCCUUGCUUCAAAGAAUCUAGCAGCGGGGGAUAGGAUUUUGCAACAAAAAGCUGACCCAGAGGCCAUACAGAGCAGGAAUAUCCCAUUGCCCCCUCCUCCACUGGGUUCAGAGGGUAAGAAAGCACCCUCCAAUAAACCCAGGCUUCAGGCCGUGGGGGCUGCUGAAGGCUCUUUCCCCGCAAGGGCCAGGUGUUGACACCUUAAAGCUGGCUGCGCCCCCAGCCCCACUCUUGGCUGUGCUGGCCAGGUGACUCCUAGUUCUUGGCCACAUCAUCAGAAAGUCAAAGGUCUCACUCCAGGUUUGGGGCUCCUUCCUUCCACUCCCCUCCCUGCCAGAGUCUGUCUUGGCCAGUGCCAGCCUCGAUGCUUUGGUUUUGACCCCACCUGAUCCUCCUUUCCUCAUGCAGCACAAGUGCUCACCGGGGCCAGAGCCAGGGCAUGGAUAUGACAAGCAGGGCAGCCUGGACACUGCCCUCACAGGACAGCGUCAAUAACAAUACAGUGUCUGAGUAUCUCCA